AUGCCCGGGAUUCAUGUGAUGACGAUUUUGCCUUGGGCAGUGACCACUCUUCUCUUCGAGAUUGUUAAUCCUGGACAGGCUCAAGCAAUGAGGUCCCAAAGAUUUAUCGCAAGACCCUGUGUGUCUCCUUUGUGGUUUUCACAUGAAGAGGAAGAGGAAGAGGUGGAAAUGAAUCUAGUGUGUUUUCCGUCAGCUGCCAUUGGGAUUACUUGUGCAAAGAGUGGUGUGAAGUGCCUCUACACCAAUGCAUGCAGCACGGGCAACGAACAGGAGGAGCUGGGAGCCACCGUGCUGCUAGAAAGCUACGACCUAGUUGCCAUUACUGAAACUUGGUGGAACAAAUCCCAUGACUGGAGUGUGGCUAUCGAUGGCUACAAGCUGUUCAGAAGGGACAGCUGGGGGCUUGGGGAAGAGCAGGGUGUAGAUUACAGCCGACAUAGGCAGGGAAAGUACAACCGGUGGGAUAUGGUACCAUUUCCACAGCAGCAUAUGAAAGGCAUCAUGAAGAAAAACACCGGACUGGAGAAGGUUGGGAGUGCUGGACGCUGGGCCGAGCAGGGAGGACUGGCAAGGGACCAGUGUUCAUACAUCCCUCCCUGUGCAAGAGACGAUCAGGAGAACUCUGAGAACGUCACGUACAAGCAGAAAUACUGGAAAGAGAAAGUGGGUUUGCAACCAUUUACAUGCUAUUUUAACCAGCACUUGAGGCCAGAUGAUGUGAUGCUGAAGCGCACCCAUGAUGAGACUGUCCUCUUGCACUGCUUCCUCUGGCCUCUGGUUACGUUCCUGGUUGGAGUCCUCAUCGUUGUCCUGACCGUCUGUGCCAAGAGCUUGGCUGUCAGGGCAGAGGCAAUAAAAAAGAAGAAGCAUUUGUAA